CCUCCGCUGGACUUGUGAAGGCAUCUAAAGCGCGACUCCAGGGGUACUCCAGGGGUACUACCUACUAUAGCCUCAGUGGCGUCACCAGCGGACAUUCUGUCUAUUGGAUGCGUUUUAUGAAAACACAUCCAAUACCACGGAAUGCCCAGCUGGCGCAAUUUCGCAGCCAAAAACAGUGGUUACCGCAGAUAUAUUACUCAUAGACUGUUAUACUGUAUACUGUUAGAUUUAAACAGCAAGGAUAGAGACAUGUUAGAAGCUAACAACAACAUAAUUGAUUGCAGCAAUUUAAAAUUCCAAAAAUGCAUGCGGAGCCGAAAUGUACCGAUCAAACACCACGUCACAAGGCAUUUAAUAAAAUCUAAUGAUUCCAUUACUCUUGUGUGGGAGGUCGCUUUCGAGCUGCACUUGCUGUCUCCCUCUGAUUUUAAUUCAACCAUCGUGGUUAAAAUGUCCUCAUAUUGAUCCAUGUCAGAAGACAUAGGCUAAUGUAGACAUGCAUCAUGCUGAGACCAGCGGGUGUCGGAGAAUUUCUGCAGGCGUUGCUUAUUGCGAUUGUUUGCAUUGCUGUAGGCGCUUCGGUGAGGCUGUGAUGAAGUUCGCUAUUUAUUGGACCCUGUCUAGACGGUAACAAACGUCCCUGACCAUAGUUAAUCGCGUUUGUAGUCUACACUCGGACGUGAACUCAUCAUUGCAUGCGGGUGUCUUCAUUCAUAAAAAAAUUAAAACAUUCGGGAGUAUGCAAUCAUACAAAUUAUUCUUAUGAGGUCAGAGACUCCGUGCGCAGCCCCGCCUUCUCCAGUAAACCAAGAAAGCCCGCGCCGUGACGAACGGGGGAUUUGACCCCCCCAACCCCCAUACAAAAACUGUGUAUAUAUCUGCAGGUAUUCAAUAGAAGUAUAAUGUAUCACCUGUAACUACGUUGCGAGGGAGCAAGGUGUGACCAAGGGGAUGUCGGUGGUGGAUGCUCAGGAGAAAUGCCCUCAGCUUGUGUUGGUUAAAGGAGAGGACCUGACACACUACCGGGAAAUGUCCUACCAAGUCACAGAACUGCUGACGUCCUACUGUCCCUUAGUGGAGCGGCUUGGGUUCGAUGAGAACUAUGUUGACGUCACAGAGAUGGUAGAGAAGAGACUGACUCACUGCUCCUCGUUCGAGGGACAUGUCUAUAACCGUUCUGGGAUUGAGACUAACCCUGGACCCCACCGGAGGCUGGUGGUCGGCUCUCACAUCGCGGCGGAGCUCAGAACAGCCAUCUGCAGCAAGUUGGGCCUCGACGUCUGUGCCGGGGUCGCCACCAAUAAGCUGCUAGCCAAGCUUGUGUCUGGGUCCUUCAAACCGAACCAGCAGACCACACUGCUGCCCCAAGACGUUGACCACAUCAUGGGCCACCUCGGCGGCCUUCAUAGAGUUCCCGGGGUGGGACAUCAGACCAGUAAGAGGCUCCAGGCCCUUGGAUUGGUGACUGUGCAGGACCUGCAGCUCUUCCCAUUGGCCGGCCUGGUGAAGGAGUUUGGAGUCCCAACUGGCCAGCGCCUGAAGAACCUGUCUCUGGGCGUCGAUGACUCCCCCGUCGUGCCCACAGGAGCCCCCAAGUCUCUUAGCGAUGAAGACUCGUUCAAGAAGAUCUCCACCACUAGAGAAGUUGUAGAAAAGACCCAAGAGCUGCUCACCAGUCUGGUUGAGAGGAUGCAGAAAGACGGCCGGCCGCCCCAGACCUUCAGGCUGACCAUCCCGAGGUACUCUGCAGAGAACAAGUGGUUCAGCAGGGAGAGCCGCCAGUGUCCCGUCCCCCACCACCUCAGACACAAGGUGGUCUCAGGCAGCACUGAUGCUAAUGUGCAUCUGGUUACCUUGGCGAUGAAGCUCUUCAAUAAGAUGGUGGACGGCGGCACGGCGUUCCACCUCACACUGCUCAACGUCUGCUUCACCAACCUGCCUCCGGCGCGGGGGACCUCGGGCCAGGGGGCCAUCACGUCGUUCUUCACACUGGGCAGCUCCCCACAAAGCAGUCCGACCCCCUCCCGAACUCACAUACCUCACUCCCACUCACCUCAUCUCUUUAAAUCAAUUCAAACUUUAUUAGAGGAGCAUCCACCCAGUUGGUUGGGUCAUUUGAACGGGUCCCAGGAAGUGGAGAAUAACCCAGAGUGUGAAGACUGAGCAGGAUUUCCAAAUGAAGACACUAGCAGCGAGCACAACGGGCUCCGAGGCAGAUCAACCCGCAUCAGCAGCAAUAAAGACCCCAGUUGUUUCUCCGGAUAUUAGUGAUCACCAUGGAGCUACCCGCAGCACACAGGCAUCGUCUGAAGACUAUUGGACGACUGCAGGCAGGGCACAUAAACUGCCCCCUAAUGUUGACACGGAUGUGUUCAGGGAACUCCCUGAGGACAUCCAGAAGGAGCUGCUAUCACCUGCCUUCACCCGUACCCACCCCACCUCCUCCGCCUCGGCCACCAGUCGGCCAGUCCCCACCCCCCUACCCCUCUACUAUGGUCCUGACCGAGACCCUGCCUCCCAGUCCCAGCCUCCCCUCCGUUCUUCCGGUGACUCCCAUCCACUCCCCAUUAGGGUGGGGUCCUACCUCUGUUCAUCUGACGCACUGUCAACCACCACAGAGGUCAGCCGGACCCCACCGGGCCGGACCAGUACAGGACCAGGAGAACCCCCCGCGGGAGACCCCCAGAGGGCUGGGGGACAGGCCCUGUGUUCCCCCUGUGGGGUCCCAGGGGACGUGGACCCCGCUGUGUUCUCAGAGCUGCCCCUGGAGAUCCAGAGGGAGCUGAUGGUCGGGUGGAGACAACAGAAGCCGCUUCUGAAGGCACCCUCCUCAGAGAGAAAGUCUUCUAGCAAAUACAAGAAGGCUGCGGUUAAAGGCGGUAGGCAGAACGACUUGUACAAGUAUUUUAAGGCCAGCUAGGCUUUCUGCCUUGUUCCUCCCUAUGUGGCCCAAGACUCUUUGAUUGUUCAUAAGAAAUGUUAAUUUUAUCAAAGGAUUAUUUUUUUGUUAUUUUGGCAAUAAAAGUUAUGGUUUCUUCGAGA